UUAAGCGAAGGGAUACAACCGCUCGUGAAGCGACUAUAAAGACUACCUCGAUUUAAAAGGAAAUCCCUUUCAAUUUUCUAGCGUUAGAGGGCUAAGGGAUAGCAGAGAAAGCUGUCAACGAUUGUUCUAAGAAACCAUCAAGAAAUCAGACAAGAUGCCAGAAGACGUGCGUCAAGAUGAGGAGGUGGAGACUUUCGCCUUCCAGGCUGAAAUUGCUCAGCUUAUGUCUCUAAUCAUCAAUACCUUUUAUUCCAACAAGGAAAUUUUCCUCAGGGAGAUUAUUUCUAAUGCCUCUGACGCUCUGGACAAAAUCAGAUAUGAAAGCUUGACAGACCCUACCAAGAUGGACAGCGGAAAGGAGCUGAAGAUUGACAUAAUUCCCAACAAGCAUGAGCGUACCCUCACUCUUAUGGACACUGGAAUUGGUAUGACCAAGGCUGACCUCAUCAACAACUUGGGAACCAUCGCCAAGUCUGGCACCAAGGCUUUUAUGGAGGCCCUGCAGGCUGGUGCUGACAUAUCUAUGAUUGGUCAGUUUGGUGUUGGUUUCUACUCUGCCUACUUGGUUGCAGAGAAGGUUGUGGUUGUCACCAAGCAUAACGAUGAUGAACAAUACAUCUGGGAGUCCUCUGCUGGAGGUUCUUUCACUGUUAAAGUUGACACUGGUGAGCCCAUUGGUCGAGGUACUAAGGUCAUCUUGCACUUGAAGGAAGACCAGACAGAAUACAUUGAGGACAAGCGGGUCAAGGAGGUUGUCAAGAAACACUCUCAGUUUAUUGGAUACCCCAUCACCUUAUAUGUGGAAAAAGAGCGUGAAAAGGAAAUCAGCGAUGAUGAAGCAGAAGAGGAAAAGACCGAGAAGGAAGAAAAGAAAGAGGAUGAAGAGGGAGAUGAAGAGAAGCCAAAAAUUGAGGAUGUUGGCUCUGAUGAUGAGGAGGACUCUAAGGACAAGAAGAAGAAGAAGAAAAUCAAGGAGAAGUACAUUGACCAAGAGGAGCUGAACAAGACCAAGCCCAUCUGGACCAGAAAUCCUGAUGACAUCACAACAGAGGAAUACGGAGAGUUCUACAAGAGCCUCACCAAUGACUGGGAGGACCAUCUUGCGGUUAAGCAUUUUUCUGUUGAGGGUCAGCUGGAGUUCCGUGCCCUGCUUUUCAUUCCACGACGUGCUCCCUUUGACCUUUUCGAGAACAAGAAAAAGAAGAAUAACAUCAAGCUAUACGUAAGGAGGGUUUUCAUAAUGGACAGCUGUGAAGAGCUCAUCCCAGAAUACCUGAACUUUGUUCGUGGUGUUGUCGAUUCUGAAGACUUGCCCUUGAACAUCUCCAGAGAAAUGCUGCAACAGAGCAAAAUCCUGAAGGUUAUUCGCAAGAAUAUAGUUAAGAAAUGCAUGGAACUCUUUGUUGAGCUGGCUGAGGACAAAGAAAACUACAAGAAGUUAUAUGAUGGCUUCUCCAAGAACCUGAAGCUUGGUAUCCAUGAAGAUUCCCAGAACCGCAGGAAGCUGUCGGAGCUGUUGAGGUACCACAGCUCUCAGUCUGGGGAUGAGAUGACCUCUCUGACGGAGUACAUCUCCCGCAUGAAGGAGAACCAGAAAUGCAUCUACUACAUCACUGGUGAGAGCAAGGACCAAGUUGCGAACUCUGCAUUUGUUGAGCGUGUGCGCAAGCGUGGCUUUGAGGUGAUCUACAUGACGGAACCCAUUGAUGAGUAUUGUGUACAGCAGCUGAAGGAGUUUGAUGGGAAGACUUUAGUCUCUGUCACCAAGGAGGGACUGGAACUUCCAGAGGAUGAAGAGGAGAAGAAAAAAAUGGAGGAAGACAAGACUAGAUUUGAGAACCUCUGCAAACUCAUGAAGGAGAUCCUGGACAAAAAAGUUGAAAAAGUCACAGUGUCCAACCGCUUGGUCUCCUCUCCCUGCUGCAUUGUCACCAGCACUUAUGGCUGGACAGCAAACAUGGAGAGAAUCAUGAAGGCUCAAGCACUUAGGGAUAACUCUACCAUGGGCUACAUGAUGGCCAAGAAGCACUUGGAGAUCAAUCCUGACCACCCAAUUGUUGAAACCCUGAGGCAGAAGGCUGAAGCAGACAAAAAUGACAAGGCUGUGAAGGACCUGGUCAUCCUCCUGUUUGAGACUGCUCUGCUGUCCUCUGGCUUCUCGCUUGAAGAUCCUCAGACUCACUCAAAUCGUAUCUACAGGAUGAUCAAACUCGGUCUUGGCAUUGAUGAUGAUGAAGUGACGACAGAAGAACCAACCACUGCACCCAUUCCUGAUGAGAUUCCACCUCUUGAAGGGGAGGACGAUGCUUCCCGCAUGGAGGAAGUAGACUAAAGACUUCAAAGCUAGCCUUUACCUCAAUGUUGACUUUUUUAUUUUAUUUUAAUUUUUGAAGAAAUGCUGUUCUUGCAAAUGUUUUUAAAGGGGCAGUAAUCUGGCUAACACCUGGGAGUCCUGAAAAAAUGCUGUACAUUUUUUUAAACAGUGAUGCUGUAAAGAUUACAACCCAGUGUUGCCGUCCUGUAUGCAUUGUCUUUAAACUCCAAGUUAAAUGCCAUUGAGGUGCAGAUUUAGCAGUUGGCAUGCUGUGUUAAAUUUUAUCCUCUUGCGUUAUUGAAUGUUUAAAGGGACUGUUUGUAAAAUUGGUGUGGCUCUCUUUCUGGAUUCCUGGUGUUGCUUGAUAGGGGAAUUUAAAUAUUCAGUGCAUCAUGUACUGCUUGCAUGGGGGAAUAACCCCUUGGAAUAUCAGUGCUGUCUCUUAAAUCAUGCCCCAGAAGUAAGAAAUGCCUGUGCUCAAUCUGUUUUGUCCUUUCUGUUUUUUCAAAGAAAUAAAGAAACCCUUUUAAACUCA